CUCUGAAACUAUUUUCUGCUAUAACUAUGAAGGCAAUUACUUGGUUUGUUGUUGCACUUGUUGUGCUACAACAUGGUGGAACAGUCUGUGGCCAGCUUAACAACUACUUCUACAGCUAUACUUGUCCAUAUUUGGAGAGAAUUGUGUCCAGUGUUGUCAGAUCUGCUGUGAUGAAUGAGACAAGAAUGGCAGCUUCUCUUCUUCGCCUCCAUUUUCAUGAUUGUUUUAUUAACGGAUGUGAUGCCUCAGUUUUGCUAGAUGACACAGACAGCUUUGAAGGAGAGAAAACCGCUGGUCCUAAUCUUAACUCAGCGAGAGGAUUUGAAGUCAUUGAUACCAUAAAAGCAGCUGUGGAAAGUUCAUGCAAUGCCACUGUUUCAUGUGCAGACAUUCUCAGCCUUGCUGCUAGAGAUUCAGUCUAUAUGACUGGGGGACCUUAUUGGCAAGUAAACCUGGGAAGAAGAGAUGGUACGACUGCAAAUAAAAGUGCAGUAAAUGCCAACAUCCCAUCUCCUUUUGAUUCGCUUGAUACAAUCAUCAAAAAAUUUCAGAGCAUUGGACUAUCAGUCCAAGAUAUGGUAGUACUCUCAGGUGCUCAUACAAUAGGCUCUGCUCACUGCAAUACUUUCAGCUCAAGGCUAUUCAAUUUCAACAGCACAAGCAGCCCAGACCCAACAAUUGAGCAAUCCAUGUUGGGAAACCUGCAAAGUCUAUGCCCAGAUGGCAGCAGUGAUCCUAACACACUGGCUCCACUGGACUCUGUGACUAAAGACACAUUUGAUAAUUACUACUUCAAAAACCUUCAAAACAGUAAGGGUGUUCUUCAGUCUGAUCAAGCUCUGUUCUCAACUCCAAAUGCAUCUACUGCGCUCUAUGUUAAUUACUACAGCAAUUUUCCCAAUGCCUUCUUCAUGGACUUUCGUGUUUCUAUGAUGAAGUUGGCAAACCUAAAUGUUCUCACAGGUUACAAUGGAGAAAUUAGGAAAAAUUGCAGGUUUAGAAAUUGAUGAACUGAGAAACUCUUUAAGGAAAAUCAGUCAUAGCAUGAUUUCCAACAAGUAGUUAGGUCAAGUGGUAAAAAAGUGCAAUUUAAUAAUGGUAGCUCAGACUAUGGAGCUUGCAUGCUGUACUGUUGCUUUCUUAUAGGAUAAAGAGUUAUGAAUCUUUGCUUAGUGCAUUCUCGUCCAGGAGCUUCUCAGUGAGCAAUUGCUGAUUAUAGUCUUCUCUUCUCACCUUGAAUUGUCUAAAAUGGAACAUGACUUUGACAUU